AGCUAAACCUCAGCAAAAGCUAUUUGAAAAAUGUCGCGAACCAUAUUUCUAGCAUUAACAGCAUUUUUGCUGUUCAAUAAGAUACAGACCGCCAGAAAACCUUUUAUUAUUGACAGCUUUAAGUUCGGUUGCAAAACUCUAAGCCCACGUUUGAAGAAUUUAAUGGGAUAUUCGAUAAAAGUUGCCACUGGUUAUUUUAAAGAGGGUGGGACAGUGGAAAUUGGCAAACCAUUGGCUGAAAAUUCUCUAGUUCAUGUGAUCUUUACCCUGCCCAGGCCUAAGAAUACCAAAAUAAUGAAACUGCUGGAUGUUAAACUAAGUGUUUGUCAAACUCUGAAGAGUAUGACGGUAGUACCGAUGCUGAGGGAAAUAUUUGUGGAAAUGAUGGCACAUAGCAAUUUGCCCUGUUCCUGUCCUGUAGUGGGUAAUAUCAGCAUGACAGGUCUAAUAUUUUCGGCCAAGUAUCUGCCCACUUAUAUACCAGAUAUGCAGUGCAAUCUUACCAUAACUCUUAUAGAAAAUCAGCAAAGCCAUGCAACUUGCGAGGCUGAGGCCAUAAUUAUAAGGAGGAAAAACUAAAUGAGGGGGCAUAUGAUAUGCCUAGAAAUGCAAUAGAUAAAGAUAGAUGUUUUACCCUAGAUGAAUUAAAAAUUAAUAAACCUAUGUGCUGAAAAUUUUCCCAAAAUAUAUAAAAAAAAAAUAAAAAAAUCCAUUUUCUUUCAUAGCA